CAAACAACAAAAAUAUUUCUUAACACAUUGCUAAACGUGCGCAAGUUACACCGCCUUGUUGCACUGAGGGACAAAAUACGAGAGUCAAUUAAAAAGUGUCCGUCUUAAUCAAGAAGACAACAUUUUUCUGGACGAAAUGAAAUUCAUUAUUCAACAUAAUUUCUUCUUAAUUCAACAUAUUUAUUCCAAAUUCUUCAAAUCUACCUCACCUUCGGUAAAAUAUGAUUUGUCUGAAGCAGAAAAAUAGUCAUUUAUAUAAUAGCAUCAAUUAUAUCAGAAUAUCAGAAAAUGAAAUUUUCGAUGAAGAUUUUUCCCCAGACAGCCAUUCUUUCAAAUUUGAGAACAGGGAGUCGCACUAAGCCAAAUCUGGAAAGUACACUGGGUAGGGAAUCAAUUAAAACUUCAAUUCGUGUGCAAUUUUGCCAUCGCGAUGGUUGACUUAUGCGCCGGUGCGUUGUCUUAGAAUAGAAUUUUUUCUUGGUCAAAUACAAACGUUUCAUCUUCAUUUCGGAAACGAGAGUUAAAUUUACAAUUCCUAUUAAAAUAAUAACAAUUACUAAGUGAAUAAUAUAUGUUUUCUUACCACAAAUGGAGUUAAGCCAUUUUCAAAAUUAACAACUAGAUUUGUUAUAAAAUUUGAAAGAGCCCAAGUCCAUACACACAUAAUAUACGACAUAAUUUAAAAUGCUUCAAAUUGAAAAAACAAUAUUCAAUUUAUUUUAUAUUUCUUUACAACACUUCAAAAACACAAUUUACGCAAUUUAGGAAAUCUUCUAAAUAUAUAAAUUACAUGACAAUUUACUGCUCAUCUACAUUUUGUGUAUGCGAGAGAGAUUUGAAGAAAUCAUGGUGCUCCGGUAGUAUAUAUCGUAAUAAGUCCAUCAUGUCCUUGUAUUUCGCUGUUGUAAUUCGUUUUAUAUUUUUAUAAAGUGGUGUCAAUACAAUAUUUUCGAAUUUUCUUGGUCUAUUCCGACGUGGUAAUAAAUCCAACAUUUUAAAUUCUGCAUUCUCAUCCAUUGAUAUCUUAUAGAAAAUUGUAUAUGGUUCAUUUCUCAAAAAACACAUCCAGCAUAUUUUUAACUAAUUUAUUGUCUUUCCUUUUGCUUGCCGGGUAUCUGUUUUUGCAAAUAACACGCAAAUUUCUGAGUUAUCAAUUAAAGAAGCCUCUGUACAUGUCCAUUUUCUAUCAUUGAUAACCCGAAAUUUUGCGUGUUAUUUGCAAAAUGGUAUAGGGCUUUUCUGCUCAGUUUCACCCAUUCUACUUGCACACCACGUUAACCAAGAUUUGUUCGGGACACCUUGUGUAAUAUCUUCCCGAUUGAUCGGCAACCUGUUAAGAAGAAAACAGAAGUAUUAUUUGAGAACGUACUGUCCAAGCGAAUUUCGAUCUUUGCAUGUAAGUAAGAAGCAUAAGAGGCUUAUACAUUCUCUGCACGGGUAUAGAAUGUCUCAGAGGAGGUGCAUUAAAGAAACCCUUCAAACACGUAUUUCACGUCUAAACGAAUUAAGCUCGUCGUGUGUGAGCCGGGCUGCUUUGCCCCGCUGGUAAUCAUUAAAACGUGAACGUUCGCGACGACGGUUGCGCGAUCUUGAAAUCAUUGAAAUUACACAUCGCCCACCGUUUCUCGCAGUUGAAACCUGUCGAAACUCAUGGAGGUGUUGAUAGAUUGCUACUUCGACAGACUAUUCUCAGAAAUGGAGCGCAGUUGUUUAGCCUCACGCUACAAACGUCGAGAGCUGGUCAAUUAUUUCACUGAUGUGAUAAACAGUUGUGCAGAAGCGGAGAACCUCGACAAGCAGGACGUGUGCGAGAGGAUCGUCCUCUCAGCUCUGCGGUAUCACAACAUCACGAUGAUGGAGAACGGGUCGGUCUGCCUGCUCGGCAAGUUCCACAACGUGCUUUACGUGGCGGCGAAGCUCUGCUACGACUGGCGCCUCGCCAACAACGAGAUCGUCAGCCGGCUGUUGAACGACAUAUUCUACUGCGAGAAGACGUUCGAGCGGCUGCUGGUGGGCGCGAUCUUCGGCACGCGCGUUACUCACUUCCUGUCCGGCUGGAAGUGCGACUUCGACGAUCGCGAGGAGAACGUCCGGGCGCUUGUGUACUUCUUGAAUCACGCGACCAGCGGCCGGCUCGAGUACCGUUGCGGCGACUCCUCCUCGCCGAUCAAGAGACGCCUCAUCGACGUGCCAAUGGAGUCGUACGGGCAGGUCCUGCCGCUGAGGGUCGCGGUACAACACGGCGCAGCGGACAUCCUAUUGGUUAUGUUGCGUUACGGCGCCUCGACCGAGUCCGACGAAACCGCACCGUCACCGAUAGAGAUCAUCCUGUCGAGACUCAGCGAGUUCGAGGAAGAGCCCGACGAUCGGGAGGAGAAAGUCGUCUAUCCCGAACACUUGGUGACGUGUCUGAGACUGCUGCUGCGCACCGUGAGCACCGGCUGCGUCCGCACUCCCGAGCACAUCGCUCGUCGCAGCGGUAUCUUCAGCAUGUCCCUGUACGAAAGGUAUCCCAGCCUGGCGAGUCGAAAUCUGAUACCGCCGGAACGCAGCGGACUCCGGCCGGCGGAACUCAGGCACCUCUGCCGUUGCAGGAUCCGCGAGAGCCUCCGCACCAAUUGGGCGCUCCCUCACGGCAUCAAGACCCUGCAGAUCCCCGAGUCCUUGAGGAAUUACUUAGAUCUGCUGCAGGACUGACCGGCGGGUUUACUCCCAAGUAGAAAUUUAAACCAGUUUCUAGCCGAUAACUCGCCAUUAAUCAUCUAACUUGCUAGUUUCUCAUCAGUUUCACUGGCAAAAACUUACAAGUUUGGGAGACUCUUGCUUCGACACUAACUGGAUAGUAAAACUGGCCAGUUUCUGAUCAAAUUCCUGAUAAGAUUUUGAGUAUUUCAUCUGUUUAUUCUUUUGCUCAGUUUCCAAGAAGUGGCCAAGAAACACUAGUCAAAAUUUUAAGAAUUUUCGCUGAAACCGUCUAAUAUUAAUUUGCUAUUUUUGUUUAUUGGUUUAUGGCAAAUAACUGGCCGAGAAAUAAUAGUCGGUAUUUUUUGGGCAAUUUCUGAAUAGUUAUUGUCUAAUUCAUUCAAGCCAAUAAAAACCGCUCGGUUUCUGUCUAGCGAGUAGUUUUUCCCUAACGUUGUUCAACUCGGGUUCGCCCGAUACAUCAUGUCUCUUCGCCCUGCACGGCUCACGGAUCCGGGGAAUAUUUUAUCGCAUGUGUCACCGCGUGUGCAGUUAUGUCCUGGAAUCUCGUAUAGCGAUACAGUAGCGCCUUUCGCCCAGUUUGGCGCAGGAUCCUGCGAACGUGUGUGUUCCGCCGAGGUGUUGCCCAAAAUUUCCGUGUGACUUCAAGUUGCGUUGUCGUCCCGAUCUGAGUUCAGUAGCUCGCUGACGUCCUGCUUCGUAAGACUGCUUCGUAAGGAAAGUGGAGCAAAGUGAUAGGCGGAACAAACGCGGGAAUGUCGAUAGACGCGAGCCUUAUAUCCCAAUAUGUCAGACUUAGAGCGGAAUUUUCGAUAUACGUGGACAGAAUGACGAAGGACGACGCGCCAGCCGUCGUAUUCAAAUGUGCCUCGGGCAAUGUUGCCGGUAUCUAGAUAAAAUUAUCUAAAUAAUCAUCCAGAUGAAUAAAUGGAUCACCAUCAUUUUUAUCUAGAUGGAAGAAAUACAAAAUGUGUUCGUCUUCAUCUUAAA